AGACGGUCGUCGCGACAGGGCUUCCAGACGAGCGAGCCGCAUCUGUCUCCAACAAAAGCAAUUGAAAGCCCGUCGAGCUUUGCGUUGCAGUCGCCAUGCUUUGUGGAAUUUCCGGGGAGGCUCCCCAAGAGCCCGUCGUGUCAAAGAAGUCCGGCGUCGUUUACGAGAAGCGGCUCAUCGAGCAGUAUAUCAGCGAGCACGCCACCGAGCCCAGCUCCGGCGAAGCGCUCACCAGCGACGACCUCCUCCCGAUCCACUCGUCGCGUAUCGUCCGGCCGCGUCCUCCCACCCUCACCUCCAUCCCCGCCCUGCUCGCAACCUUCCAGAACGAAUGGGACGCGCUUGCGCUAGAGACGUACAACCUCAAGGAGCAGCUCGCGCGCACCCGCGAGGAGCUUGCGACGGCCCUGUACCAGCACGAUGCCGCCGUCCGGGUCAUCGCCCGGCUGACCAAGGAGCGAGAGGAGGCUCGGGACGCGCUGAGCAAGGUCACCGUGUCUGGAGGUGCUAGUGGGGAUCAAAUGGUUGUGGACAGCGUGGAGCAGCUUCCCGAGGAGCUGGCCGCGCGCGUAGACGCGACUCAUCAAACGCUGUCCAAGGGCCGCAAGAAGCGACCGAUUCCCGAAGGUUGGGUUAGCGCAGAAGAGGUGUCUUCCUUUGCCGUCGAGGCUACAAACGCCCUCCCCGUGCCCCAGGCGACGUCGCUGGGUCUGGAGGGUGACUACGCCGCUGUGGGCGGUGUGACGGGUGAGGCCGCCAUCUACUCGGUCGGCGCGGACAAGGUGGAGCGACAGGUUCCCGUCAACGAGCCGGUGACGGAUACCCUCUGGACCGGGUCCAAGUUGAUCUUCGCCACGGGCCAGGGCGCCGUCAAGGUCUUUGAGGGCGGCAACGAGCUGGCGUCGCUGAGCGAGCACUCUGGCGCCGCCACCGCCUUGAGCGUGCACCCCGGUGGUGAGCUGCUGGCUUCCGUUGGCACUGACAAGAGCAUUGUGUUUUACGACCUGGCUUCUAUGAGCCGUGCCAGCCGUGCCUACACCGAUGCUGCUCUCACGUCGUGCGCUUUCCACCCCGAUGGUCACCUGUUUGCUGCCGGUACUGUCACCGGCGACAUCAAGCUUUUCAUGACCAAGACGCUCGAGCAAGCCGCCGUCUUCAAGCUGGGCGCGCCCGUGCAGGCACUCGCCUUUUCCGAGAACGGCUUCUGGUUCGCGGCCACGGCCAAGGGCCAGACCAUGGUGACCAUCUUCGACCUGCGAAAGGAGGGAGACGCGGCCGUGGCCAAGGUUCUCGAGACUGGCGGGCCGGUGCAGUCAUUGGCGUGGGACUACAGCAGCCAGUUCCUGGCAACGGGCGGCGCCUCGGGUGUGACAGUGCACCAGUACACCAAGUCCAGCAAGACGUGGAGCGAGCCCUUGCGGAACGCGACACCCGCUAUUUCGGUCCGCUGGGGAGAGUCGGCGAAGAAGCUGGUGACGGUGAAUGGAGAGGGCGUGGUCAGCAUACUGGGCGCCAAGGAAUAGACGGUUCGUGUUUUUUGGUUGUGUUGACGGACCGGCCUUGGAGACGGACGGCAACUAUUCAGGGAUGGGAGUGUCGAUUUAAUAGCUGUACAAUUAAGGCCUUGGAGACUGAUGGAUGGGCUGGGCAGACAGGACUUUUACAAAAAAUGAAGAUUUCGAUUUCGGCCUCUGUCAUUUGGACUGCAUCACGGUAGUUUUGGGUCAUUGAUUAAAUGCAACUAGAAGUGAAUGGCAUUGUUCUUCAAACAAUCACAACCUCGGAACCAGCGCCGAUGAUUGAGCGUCCUGUCACUUUUAGCGGCGAUUCACGCUACCGGCCCUGUAAUCGACCAGCCUUGCCGCCUAAACAAGCCAAC